UCAAGUUCCUUUUGACAAGGAUGAAAUCUCCUGAGACUCUGCCAGCGUUCGUGUUUGCCUUUGGCUGUAGCAGAGGCAGAGGAGGUUAGCUCCUACUGGAAAGGACUACAAAACGAGUUGACGUUCACAUAACCCCUCCCGGAAUUGCACGUUCUUGAAGAGCGUUGGGUCUUGUUGCGAUGGACGACCUUCAGAGUUUGCGGCGAAAAUUGCAGCAUAGGCUCCGUGGCUUGCAGAGUUCGACAGUGAUCUCAAUUACGGCGGCGAUAUCCGAGAGACCCACUCAGCUGAGUGAUAAACACUCUCCGAUUCAACUCUUAUGGCAAGGUCUGCUACACGAAAGUGAAGGGAACUCGGCUUUUCUAGCAGCAAGAUGUGGGGAAGCGAUUCUCUCCCUUGUUCAAAACGGGAUAUUGGACUGGCACGAAGCCAUAAACCAGGUCGUUGGGCAGAUAUCGACGGUACCCUCGCAGUCAUUGGCCUAUGCGGUGCGGUUAGUGUCGGAGCUGCUGUCGUUACACGUUCAACUCCAGGAAAGACAGCGGAAAGCGACGCCAACCUUUGCAUACGCCACUCCUUUUGGUGUAAAAACUCGCAGAGCACAUCCGCUCGUUCCUCUAGUGAUUGCGCGGCCGGAGGUUUGGCCAGAUUUGAUCGUCGAGUUGCGGAGAAUGCUCAAUGUCGCAGGAGACGGGACGAUUGUGCACCGAAUGCUGGAGCCGUUCAUCCGAUACACGUGUCUGGAGGCGGCGAUGUUGCCAGAUGUGCUCAUUGGGCAGUCGCAAGCAACUGUGCUAGCAGUGCUUUGUAGAGCCUCACCGGAACGAGCAUGCGCAGGAGACUUGAUUCGGAUUUUGUGUGAGAUCCUGGAUGACCUGCCAAUUGUCGGAAACGGCUGUAUCACUACGCAGAUCACGAUCUUUGAAAACCUAUCGCUCUUGUGCACGCAACCGUCGAGAACCGAUACAGGAUCGACGACGCCCGUAAUCUAUCGUCUGCUCAACUUUCUGCUGGAUUGCGAAGCAAACGGAAGAUCCUUGUCACUGCCCCUUUCCUAUCUUCGUCUGAUCAUUCAAGAUCGUAAACUGGACGGUGCAGUUCAGCUAAGCCUCUUCUCCGCCCUCUCUUUCUGCCUUUUUGGAGUUGCCGAAUACAGUGACCAGGGAGGGGUGAUCGUUCAGCUGAUGCUACAAGUGAUCCGAGUCAUGGAGGUCGACAAUUUCCAGAUACAAGGGCCGCUGUCGGCAGCUGUCCUACCACUUCUUCAGGCAUUGGCAGAGAGUUCUCACAACCAAAUCAAGCGAAAAGCCUUCGACAUUCUCACCAUCUUAGAACGUGCAGUUCUGCGAAAGAUGAACGAUGGAGGGAGCAAUGCGUUUGAUAAAUGGCUGGAUGGGACUCCGGUCUCAGGCAAACUAGCAGUACUGCUGUCCGCUGUUGGUGCUCUGAUGCGCAUUCCGGAAACUUCAGAUGAAGUCCCUGUUGUCUGCAGCUCAGACCUUUCGCUUCAGGCAUACAUUGCCGCAGCAUCGACAUUCCAUGCGCACGAAGACAGAAGAAUCAAAGCUUUCACGAAGCUUUCGAAGCUCUUCCCUGCAUCUCCUUCCCUAUGCAUGUCGGCUCUCCCACUUCUGCUCUACAACUUGAAGAACGACCCAUCUGCGCGUGUCCAAAUGCAUAUCCUUCUGCGCGUUUUCCCCUCCUUAGUGGAGGCCAACGAUGCAUUCGUAACAUCUCGCGUCCUCAACGUCGUGCAAUCCUUCCUCGGUAACGGAAGUGACGUCGGAACUAGUCCCCUGGGCGGCAUCGGCAUCCGCAUCUUGCUCGAAAUCUGGAAGAGGCAGCCGAGGAUUUGGCCCCAGCUAAAGGGACACCUGGUGACCUGGGUCAAACGGAGAAAACACGGACGCCCGAUUCGUUGGGCUCAAAAGCAAACGUGGGCGGAUGAGGUCGAGAUGGAAGUGACAAUCGCAGUCACAAUAAGGGAUGCCUGUCAAACGAGAGCCGCAAACUGUUGCCAGGAUUUAUUGCCGGUGCUGUUUUCUUUGCUGCAGUCGACUGACUUGCAUCCGACAACUGCAGUCUAUGCAUUGCAAGCGACUAACAUAUGUGUUGAGGAGGAUGUAGCAGAUCCUCGAGCGGUCUGGAAUGUGUUCAUGCAUCACUACGUCGGACAAUCGGGCGCGGCUCUCCCGGCCGGAAUUCUCGUGGAGAUCUGCGCCUUUUAUGCGUUGGUAGCGGCGAAAGACGAUCAAUCGGAAGCAUACCUAACCUUCAAGCCCGAGAUUAUCGAGAAGUGUCUUAUGCCACUGACGAAGCACGAUACUUCGGACGUCCGUGAAGCGGCUUGGAAAGCCCUAGCCUCGUUUGCCCCCCCAGAUCUAUAUCCGCUGCUACCUUCGCCCCGCGAGCUUGUGACCUCCAUUGCUACCGACCCCAAUCCCGUCAAAUCAGCUGCUUUUCUGCUAGCAAGCUUAAUCGAGCACGAAUGCAUCAACAUGCGACGUGCUGUCUUCAAAGGAUUAGCGGCUGUAGGAGGAGCUCGACUGGAAGGGACCCGAGAACGGGACGGUGCAGGGCAGACGAAAGACGUUUUGAAGGAUAUCGUUGCAGACGUUACCGGUGUUUGGGAUGGUGGUAGGGCUCAGCCGGGCCUGAGGUCUGGAUUGACAGCAUUCGGCUUGAUGACGACUACUCCUUCCACAGCCUUGAGAAGGCAUGAACCGAGCACCCGCAAAGGAGACCUCCCGCCGCUCAACCGCCUGAGCAGCGCACUCCGCGAUUUCGCACUAGGUGACAACUCGAUCCUCAGACUGGAAGCGAUCCCUGCUUGGAUAAAGUACUGGGAUUCUGCGCUCGUCGCGAUAUUCAAGUUUCAUGGGGAUAGGCGUCAACGGGACGGUACUCCUUUGGGAGACUUGGAAGCGGAGAAGAAGGAUCGGAUCAAACAUGUUGGAGAGACUUUUGUUGCGCUCGUGGCAGACCUACUGGAUGUGCAGCUUGCCGAGUCGAGGGUUCCCUCUACAACGGUAUCGAUCCUCCUAGCUGCCGCUGGAGUUAUUGUGGCAGCUGCAAGGCUAGGACUCUCAGAAGCGGCAGAGCAAGCUUCGCGUAUGGUGGAUAUGCUGAUUGUCAAGUAUUUGAGCGGCGAUACAGCUGCGGAAGUGAACGACGUACAGUGUGGGGACGACGUAGAGUUUGCUGCCAAGAUAUCGUUAGCACAUCUGGCCAACACGUUCAGAUCCAGAGAUGAGACGCGAACGGAGCGGAUUAUUGCGGUAUUCGAGCAAGGCGUGCGCGCCAAGAACGACGAACACGAAUGGAGCCAGUUUGCAUCCGCAUAUGGGCUGGCUGCCAUGACGGGAACUAGCCAGAUGAAAGUAGCGACCGCUAAGAAUCUGUGCUACGAAGCAGGAAGCCCGAUGACAAUUCGAACCGGAUUCUACAUGGGAUUGGCUUCGAUCUUAGCGCAAAUGUCCGAAGCAGAUGACGAAGAGAAGGAGUCCGUUCAGCAGAUGUUGCACGAUUGUAUCCUGCAUCUAGCGCAAUUCAAGGAUGACCUCAUCCCGGAAACGGAAGGAGCAUCAGCGAUAGAAGGAGCGGCCUGGUUGUUAUCAGUGGCCGUCAAGAACCACUGGGUGGAUGAUGAAGAUUCCGAUAGAAUCGUAGUGCUCCUACACCAAUGCGUCCAGAAGGCAGCCGGCAAACGAAGUUUCGCUUCGAGCUACCCUCACGUGCUUGUAUCUUACACGCGCGCGUUCCAAGCUCGGAUUCGCGCGACUGAUCCACAACUGGUCGAGGAACCGAUUUCCAGUACUCUGAGUCUCCUAACUUCACCCGCGAUGUCUGCUAACGCUCGUAUUGCGAACACUUUGGCCGUCGUUCCUAUGCUGGGCAUGGACUGGAGUGUUGCUUCCCACGAUACGCAUGUAGAUGCUGAUCAAAGUGAUUUACGCCGGACGGCGGAUACACUGCGGACGCUAGUCAUGGGACCGGAGCCCAAGAUCGCGCGAGUGGCGGGGUGGGUGCUUGGACUGAUCGUUUCGGAAUGCCGGGUGGAAAACACCGAUCGGAGAGAAGUUGUCGGUGCCGCGAGUGAAGUGCAAGCGAGCAAGAAGGAUCCUGCGAACUUGAACAGACUGCAUUCUGGGUCCAGUUACCUGAAAGGUGUAUGGGAUCUACUCGCGGGAUCCCUCAACGUCAAAUCGACGCCCGAGGGUAUCCUCACCAUGGUGCAAGUUCUCAUCGAGGUGGAUGUACCACUUCCGCCCGUCGAUUGGACCCCGGUUCUAAUCAAGCAAGUGCAAAAUGCACAACCCAAGCAAGAGAUGCAAUCUCUUUGCUUGGAUUUUGCCGCAAAGCACGCGUCGCCGACAUCUGCGAGAUCCUUGGUCGGCUUCUGUUUGUCUGCGAUAUCCGACGUUGUCGCUCGUGCGCGCGAUGCAUCCGAUUUGGAGGCACAUGCACUGCUUGCGACCGAAAAAGGCGUACCGAAAUUGUUGGAGCUUGGAGGGCUAUAUCCUGAUGAGGAGGAUGCUGGGAAGGAGAACAGCACGAAGACCAGCCCUCCUUCUUCUGCACCGGUGGCGGGAAGCAAAGUCCUACAGAUCUUUGAGAGCGCGAUCCUAGCGGUUUUUAAGGAGACUCAGAAAGCUGAGCAUCAGGAUAUUCAGCUUCAGUUGUCGAGAGCUAUCUUGCCGCAUUUCACAGCCACCACGGAUGCGUCAAAUGGCAACCAGGCAACAAUACGCUCCGACCUUCUCCGGGUCCUGGUCCGCGCUCACGCCAACAUUCCCUCAUUGCCGUCUUCAGCCGAUCAAAUUCGUACAAUCCGCUCCCUGGUCACAUGCAUCGCCAGCGACGUAGCUGCCCUCUCGUACCUGAUUUCCACGUUCACCAGCCCACCCCCGACACACACUUUGGCCCGCCUCGCUGAACUCGCACCCGCGAACCCGCACAUCCUUACGCAUCUCUCCACUCACUUUUCCAGCUCAUUCACAUCCCCUCCCGCUCUCCUCAUGCACAGCACCCGCACCGCCCUCCUUUCCCCAGACAACCCAAAACUGUGGAGCGCCGCCAUCGACGCAUUGUGCACGUGUGUUGAGAACAUGACGCCCAGCCGGAGUGGGGACGGCUUGAACGCGCGGGCGAGAUGGGUCGUCACUGUGAUGGACGUCAUUAUUCUGCUGCUUGCUUCGGUGGGUGGCGAUGCAGACGUUGCGGAGAUAGGGAUAGCCGUGGAGAUGGCGUGGCAGCGUGCGGCGGCGGGGAUUAUUGUUGGGAGGGAUGUGGAGGGUGAGGAUGACGCUGCUGACGAUAAGGAUGUGAUGAGCGUUGUGGUUGAUGGCGGGGAGGGAUGGUGGGAGGGAGCGAGAUGCGAGAUGGUGCUUGCGUUGCCGCGGAUGCUCUCUAGGGAUGGAGGAGUUGAAGACUCCACUAGAAAACAGAUUAUCAAACGUCUAAUCCGUCUGCUGGAGUGUACGACCAGCGCCUCAUCGCAGACGGCUGACCGACGAAGUAAAACCGGGCGUAUCAGGAUUUCGCCCACGUGCCGGGAGGCGGUGAAGCAGGUUCUGCAACGACUUCGGGGACUUGAGACUGGAAAUGAAGAAUCUGUGCAGUUGAUUAGGAAUGCGUGGGUUGAGAUAUGGGAGUGAUAGACUAGCUGCUUUUGCGGAGCUUCAUUACCGGUUCUUCGUUUCAUCAUCGGCGUAAAGUUAGGUUUUGACUCAGAUAGGGACACGGG